AACAACCAACUGUAGGCUGAGGGACACCCACUGAGGCAGGUAGGCUCCAUGCAGCAGGGCAUGGGUUUACUCAUUCUGAUGAGCUUCACUGAUCAAGACUCUGUUCAGUCUGGAGAAAUGUAUAAAGGUGGGUGUUGCUGCCUUUUCCCACGGACAUUGUGCUGACCCCUCACAGACCUCCAGGUCAUGAAGACAGUCUUCUUUCUCUUUGCUCUUCUCUUCUUUCUGGGUCCAGCCAAGAAUGCAUUUUUCAGUGAGAAAUGCAGCAAGCUUAAUGGGAGAUGCACGAGUUACUGUCAAAAAAAUGAAGAACUUAUUGCUCUCUGUCAUAUGACUCUGAAGUGCUGUGCGAUGGUCCAGCCAUGUGGGAGAUCAAAGGCAAUGACUCAGCUGAAGAUGUGGCUGCAUAGAGAAUCAAAGAUGCCCUAGCUCUGUCUUUUGGCUGUGGCACCUGCAGGAAGCAGACACUUCAA